GCUACUUAAAGCUAUACAGAAGAAAAAAGAAUGUAAUGCAAAGGCCCAGAAAAUAGUUGAGUUGUUUUUAGAAAGAAACAUUGCAAGAGACUAUUUCCUGACUCAGCUGAAAGAUAUCAAUCAAUGUCAUUACGACGACAUAGUAGACGAACGACACAUUCUUCUAAUAUGUGGGUAUCCGUUAUGUGGAAAUCUAUUGGAAAAAGUGCCUUCAAAAAAAUAUCAAAUAUCGACAACUAUAAACAAGGUUUACGAUAUAACGGAUCGUAAAAAGUUUUGUAGCUCUCAGUGUUUCAAAGCGUCCGAGUUUGUAAAAUCGCAAAUAUUAGUGAGUCCGCUUUGGUUGAGACAAAAUGAACAAAUACCUGAGUUUAAAUUGUUGGAUGAAAAAAAUACAUAAUUUGGUACCAAUUUUUCCAUAAGAUAAAUCAUAUAGAAAAACUUUUACAGAAGCGGCAAACUAAAAACAGAAACCAUUUAAAUAUUGAUAAGUAAUAUUGUAAGUUUUGAUGUAUAACGGUAACACAUUAAUUCCGAUUUGAGCGAUGAAUACAAAGUAUAAGAAGUUCAAGUGCAAUGUUCCACUUGAAUGUAUAAGCGUAUAAUUUAAGGUUAAAUUAGUGGUUUUCAGAAAGAAAAUAUAUUGAAAUCUUUCAUAUAAUUUUUAAAUAGUAACAUAACCAUACCAAACAGUUAAACCAACCAACCCUAUGGCUAACACUGAUAGGGUCACCAUUAAUUAACUGGCAUAACUUCGCAAAUCUAUGGAAUUAGUAAUAAAAUAAUAAACAAGAUGGCAGAUGAAGAGAUGUUCCAAAUCUUUCAGAAUAUACUGAAAACUUAAAAUUACAACAAAACAGUUGGCGAAAUUAGCACUCAGGUAACUCAGGAUGACCAGAAUAAACGUACGACGAAGUUUACCUUCGUAUGGCAACCUGCCCUUUUCACAGCCCGGAAAAUAUUUGUCGAAAAAAAACACCAAGUGUUGAAAAGAACGACCCACUUUGCGAGGAUACAUAUACUUUGCCGCGGCUUAUGAUUCUGAUAAUGAGUUUAGAGAAAUUAAUAAAUACAAGUAGUCAAUCUGUCAGCAUUGUCACAACAAUUAAAGCAGCUAUGAAAUACAUCUUUCCGCCACAAUAUUAUUUAUAGAUUGAAGAUUUUCUAUACCAUUCGUUGUUCUAUCUGUCUCAUUCACCACUGCUGGUUCCGGUGAAUUUUUUUCAUUUAUUACAAAUGUUAUACUCUUUAUACGUUUAUUAACGUAUGGUAAUCGAUAUGGCAAUGAAUUUGAUCAUUAAUCGAGAUUAGAACAUAUGUAGUAGUUUCCCAUCACUAGUUUUAGUCAAAAUAAACAAAUUAUCUGUCCGGAAUGGUUUGUGAUCGGUGCGAAGCGAAAUUGUCCAAAGUUGCAACACCUGAUCCAUGGAAAAAUGGAGCAGGAAAGAGAAAAAUCAACGAAAACAAAUUUUUGUCUACCGCGAGAGAUAGACAAAAUCCCAUUGCUAAAAGUUUAGCACCAUGUAGAAUAUGUAGGCAGAAAGUUCAUCAGAUUGGCUCCCAUUAUUGUCAAGCAUGUGCCUACAAAAAAGCUAUUUGUGCCAUGUGUGGAAAAAAGCUGCUCGAUACCAAAAAUUAUAAACAAAGUUCCACUUAGAACAAAUGUAUAUAUUACACGCUUUAAUGUUUACAAAAAAUGUACAUUUAGAGCUUAACAUAAUUUUUGUAAUGUUAAUAGAUUUAGUUAAGAAUUACUA